ACUUUGGACGGGUCCUGACAUGAUGCUUGCUUGCUGGGCGGAUGAUCCAAAUGGUGAAUAUUUUAAGAAGCAUAUUGCAAGAGUUGUUGAUUUCUUUUGGGUUGCCGAAGAUGGAUUGACAUUGCAAAGCUUUGGGAGUCAGACGUGGGACGCUAGUCUUUCAAUUCAAGCUCUGCUUGCUGCCAAUGUCAGUAACGAAAUCGCACCCAUACUGAAGAAAGCACAUGAGUUUUUGAAGAUGUCACAGGUGAGGGUGAAUCCUUCUGGUGACUACUUAGCCCAUUUUCGCCACACUUCUAAAGGAGCAUGGACUUUCUCUGCUAGAGAUCAUGGUUGGCAAGUUUCUGAUUGUACUGCAGAAGCUCUCAAGUGUUGCUUGAUGUUCAAAACCAUGUCGCCGGAACUUGUUGGGAAGCCAAUAGAACCGGAGUGUUUUUUCGAUGCAGUUAAUGUCCUACUUCCACUACAGGGUAAAAAUGGUGGUGUAUCAGGUUGGGAGCCACCAGGAGCUCCAGGAUGGUUGGAGUGGCUGAAUCCUGUGGAAUUCCUUGAGGGCCUUGUGAUCGAAUACGAGUACCCAGAGUGCACUUCCUCUGCACUUCGGGCCUUGGUUUUAUUUAAGAAGUUAUUCCCCGAGCAUAGGAAGAAGGAGAUUGAUAUGUUUAUCACCAAGGCCGUGAGAUACCUUGAACAAGUUCAAAUGCCAGAUGGCUCAUGGUAUGGGACUUGGGGAGUAUGCUUCUUGUAUGGGACUUGGUUCGCAAUCACAGGGUUGGAGGCUGCUGGGAAGAACUUCUACAACUGCGAGGCUGUGCGCAGAGGUGUUGAGUUUUUGCUUAAUACACAGAGAGAGGAUGGUGGUUGGGCCGAAAGCUACACUUCAUGCCCUAACAAGGUAUACACACCACUUGAAGGAGACCACUCGAAUCUGGUGCAGACUGCAUUAGCAUUGAUGGGUUUAAUCCAUGGUCAACAGGCUUAUAGAGACCCAGCUCCUUUACAUGCAGCGGCAAAGCUUUUAAUAAAUUCCCAAUUGAAAAAUGGGGAUUUCCCACAGCAGGAAGUUACGGGGGCAUUCUUUAAGAAUUGCACGCUGCAUUAUGCAGCUUACAGGAACAUUUUUCCAUUGUGGGCUCUUGCUGAAUACCGGAAUUUAGUUGCAUUUUCUUCUAAUUAAACGAAGAACAAGCAAAUUGUGGUUCCAUUUAGUUGUAUGGUUUGUUUAUUUUCACUUUUUAUUAAAAAUACUCUUAGCACUGGUUGAUGGCCGCGGAUGCCAGCUGUUUGUCACCAGCCAACAGGAUAAUGAUUUGUGGCUCAUUGGCUCCUUGCAACUCGCAUAUUUUAUCAAGUGGUGUUUGGGGAAAAUGGACACACUUGCCCAAGGGAAAGGGGACUUAAAUUAUAUAUAUAUGUAUGUAGUAUUAAUAUUUUGUUUAUAUUAUAUGUCCUCAAAAACAUAUUCAUGUAAAUAUGUAUAUAGUUAUCAAUACAUUAAUAUUUAGUAUA